AUGGCUUCAUCUCCCGCUAACCGCCGCGACAAGCGACCCGAGGCUCAUCGCCUGGCCGCAGAAGGAGACAUCGACGGCCUGGUUCGAUUGGUGGAGGAGAAGGGGUUUGAGGAGGUGGUGGGCACCACCGACCUCCGCGGCCUGACCGUCCUACACGUGGCUGCCGAUGCUGGCCACCUCGACGUCCUCCAACACUUUGUGAUCAACCACCCGUCCAGGAAGAAGCUCGCCGAUACACUCAAUGGGCGCGACCGAUCCGGUUGGUCGCCCCUUAUCACCGCCUGCGCAGCGGGCCACCUCAAGGUGAUCGAGUUCCUGCUCCUCAACCAGAGCUGCGACGCGCAGUUGCGUGCCAGCGACGAUGCCACGGCCCUGCACUACCUGGUCCGCCACUUCCCGCACGACUCCGAGGCCAAGAAGGCCUCCAAGUACGUCGCCGUGGCCAACAAGCUCGUACAGAAGGGGGUGGCGGCCGAUGGGCGCAACUCCCGAGGCGAGUCGCCCUUGCACAAAGCCGCCCUCGCCGGGCGGCCCAGCGCCAUCCGAUGGCUGCUGGACAACAAGGACUUCCACAUCGACAUCAACUCCGUCACCAAGAACGGCGACUCGGCGCUCCAUCUGGCCGCCUCGACGGGUCAAGUCGACACCGUCAAGACCCUCCUGCAGAUGGGCAUCGAUGCCGGGAUCGCGAGCAAAGCCAACGGGACGGCGCUCGACGUGGCCAAGAUGGUCAAGAACCCCGAGCUCGUGUCGCUCCUCGAAAACAUCAAGCUCCACCAACAGGCCCAGCACCAGCAGCGCCACCUCAUGGCCGAACUGCAGGCGCGCAGCCCCUCCUCCCCUGGUGCGAUGACCCGCACCAAGACGCCGGCGUCGCAGCUGGUGACGCCCGGGCUGCUGCGGAGUUCGGGCAGCGGGAUCGUGCGCCGGCCGACGCACUCCCCGGAGAGCUCGCCCGUCUCGUCGUCGCCGCUCGCCCGAAGCGACUCUUUCAGCUCCGUCGCGUCGUCGCUGGCCGGGAGCGGAGGCGGCGUCGCCAUCCGCCGCGUGGAGAGCAGCGCGCCCGACCUCUCACGCCACAACGACGAGGGCGUGGAGGAGUGGGAGCGGGACGGCAAGGCGGCAAAGGCGAAGAAGCAGCGCAGCGAGAACGACGAAGAGGUGCGCGAGCGAGUGCAGCGCACCCGGAGCGAGGCGUCACUCGUCGGCGGAGGAGAGAACAGCGGUGGCGAGGGGCUCUCGUCCCCGCCCUCCCGCACCAGUGCACGCAACGCGGUGCCCGUGUCGCACCGCAUGGCCAAGAAAAACGACCUCGAGGGCCUGGCCAAGGACAUCGACGAACGCGGCCUCUGGAAGGUGCUGGGCGAGUUGGAUCGACGCGGCAAGUCCCUCAUGCACGUCGCGGUCGAGGCCGGCGCGAUGGAUGUGGUGCAGCACCUCAUCGACACCUACCCCGACGUGUCCCUCAACCUUAAGGACCGGGACGGGUGGACGGUGUUGCACGUGGCCUGCGCGGCGGUGGGCACGUCGCACAAGAACCUGGCCAUGGUGCAGUACCUCGUCGAAACCCGCCGAUGUGACGUCAAAUGCCGGUCGCGGGACGGGUCGACGCCGCUGCACUACCUGGUGAAGAACUUCUACGACGGGGACAAUUCGAAAAUGUACAAAAAAUACUGCAAGGCGGGCAACCUGCUGCUGGAGAAGGGCUGCGAGCUGCUCGACCGGAACGACAAGGGCGAGACGCCGCUCCACUCGGCCGCCCUCGCCGGCCGCGUGCUGGCCAUCAAGUGGCUCAUCACCAAGUGCCGCGUCGACAUCAACAUCACCACCAAGACCGGCGAGACCUCGCUCCACCUGGCCACCCAGGCCCGGCGCAAGUCGGCCAUCAAGGAGCUCCUCCGCUACGGCGUCAACCCGGCCCUGCGCGGACCCAACGGCACCGCCCUCGACAUCGCCAAGCUCCUCCGCGAGACCGAGCUCGUCGACAUCCUCGAGGAGUGGGCCGCACACCCCGAGCUCUACUCGACCUCCCCCGACGACGCCGCCGACCCCGACGGUGUCAAGCAGCGGAAACACAGUCGGACGAUGAUGAAGAAGCGGGGCACGAUCAUCAAGGAGAAGGAGAAGGAGCGGAGCCGGGAGCGGAUCAGCCACGAGAAGCAGCUCCUGAGCAAGAGCGCCGAGGAGCCGUCGGACCUUCUCAGCCGGGACCGGAUCGGCGCCGCCCCGCUCUCGCCGCCCGUGGGCCGGCCCGAGCGCGUGACGCUGUCGAAGAGCAUGGGCGAGGCCACGGGCACCAAACUGCUGCGGUCGGCCACCAAGACGCGCGAGAUGCCCGAGGCACACCGCCUGGCCAAGGCCGGCGAUGCGGAGGGCCUCGUGCGGCUGGUGCAGGAGCAGGGCCGCGCGGCGGUGCUGCGCACGCUCGACUGGCGAGGCCAGAGCGUGCUGCACAUCGCCAUCGACCAGAACAACCGCGCCCUCACCCAGCGCCUCAUCGACCUCUACCCGGUCGACCAGCUCGAGGCCGACCUCAACCUCCGCGACAACAACGGAUGGAGCCCCGUACACGUCGCCGCCGCGUCGGGGAAUGUGGAGAUGCUGCUGCACCUCCUGUCGAGCAGUCGGUUCGACGUGACGGCGGUGUCGUCCGAUGGGUCCACUCCGCUCCACUACUUCAUCCGAUCCUUCCCCGACGGACCGUCGUCCCCUGCGGUGGGCUCCACGGGCGCGCCGGCGGCCGAUGGCGACGCCAACGCCACCAAUCCGGUCGACCGAUUCUCCUUCGCCGUCCGGCAACUCAUCAUGAAGGGGGUGGACAUUCGGGCGGCGAACAAGAAUGGGGAGACGGUGCUGCACCGGGCGAGCCUGUCGGGCAAGGCCGCCGCUCUGCGCUGGCUCGCGCUCGAGGAGAAGUGGGCCAUCGACAUCAACGCCACCACCAACUACGGGGACUCGGCGCUGCAUUUGGCCGCGCGGGUGGGGUCGGUCGAGGCCGUGCGGGCGCUGCUCGAACUGGGGAUCGACGACUCCCUCCCCUCCCAACACGGCACCGCCCUCGACGUCGCCCGACGCGCCAACCACAAGGAGGUGGUGCGUCUGCUCGAGGAGUGGACCCACGAGGCGCCGAGCCCACGCAUGCGGCGGCUCACGCUAUCGGACGUGGGCGGCAUGGUGGACCACAUCUUCAAGUCGGCCUACACCGAAGCCUCCAAGCCGGUCGACGGCCACGCCGGUGAUGCCGACGACGACGACAACGACGAAAGUUCGUCGUCGGAUCUGUCGAGCAUGUCGGCGAUCGGGAGCGAGGCGUCGUCGCUCAAGUCGUCGCAGAACGGGACGUCCAACCCGCCGUCGCUCAACUCGUCGGCCUCCUGCCUCGACCACUCGACGCUCAUCGAGAGUAUCGUGGCCUCCCUCUCCGCUUCCCGCGGCGGCGGCUUCGGCGGCAAGGCCUCGAGCGGCGGCGGCGUGGAGGAGGCCGCCUCGUCGCUCAAGUCCUCGCAGAGCGACUACUCCAACCCGCCCUCCCUCACCUCGUCGGCAUCGCACGUCGACGCCUCGUCCGCCAUCGACAGCCUCAUGGCCUCCAUCUUCGACAAUUAA